CGGUGGUUCCGGUCGGGGAUUCUAAGUGCGGUCCUGGAGCGGGUUAUAGUCCCAGCGUUUUCCGUCAGGAGAGCUGGGCGCAUGACGUUUGGACUGGCCCAGAAGAAGCAGGAGAAAAUGACCAAGUUCCAGGAGGCUGUGACGUUCAAGGACGUGGCUGUGGUCUUCACAGAGGAGGAGCUGGGGCUGCUGGACCCUUCCCAAAGGAAGCUGUACCGAGACGUGAUGCUGGAGAACCUCAGGAACCUGGUGUCUGUGGCACACUGGAACCAAAAUGAGAUGGAGAGUUUUCACGAAGUUGCAUUAAGGUACCUUUUACAUGAAGACCUUGUGUGCCGGCAAAUAUGGGACCAACUUCUGAGUAUGUCAACCAGAAGUCAAGACUUGAUAAGAAAUCUGCGAGGCAAGAACUCGGAUUUGCCAAAACAAGGUGAUUCCUUCUGUCACUUGUGUGCAGGAGAAUCUGCUCAGGAUUUGGAAGAUGAAGAAUAUGUAAUAAAGCUUCAAGGGGAAGUUCAAAAUUUCAAUAGUAUAAAAUACCAAGAAUUUCCAAGGAGGACCAUCCAGAAUUACCUGAAGAAAGUGUAUCUGAGAGAGUCACAGAAUGAUCAGAGUAGGUGUCAGCAGGGUGACGGCAGAUGUAAACUGCGCGAGUGUGAGCACCGUGUCAGGAGAAGGACCUCUGGUCUCCACAGUGAUGAUCAGGAAGUGAGGAAAGGAGAGACGUCUUAUAGCCACAAGAAUUGUCAGAAAGACUUCGUGAAGGAAUCAUUCCAACAAAAUGUAAUCCACUCAGAAGAGCACACCUCUUCCAGAAAUGGAAAAGACAUCAGCCUUAGCCCCAGACUUGAGCAUCAGCAAUUGCACCUGGGCACAGAACAUCACAUAUAUAGUGAUUUUGGGGAGGGUGAGAGUUCUAGCUCCGAGCUCUGCACUCAUCCAAGUGUUCACACAGAAGAGAAAUGCAAAAGGAGUGAUGAGUGUGGUGAGGAGGUCAGUCAGAGUUCACAUCAGCAAACUGACCAGCGAGUCCACACUGGGGAUAAUCACUACAAACAUGCCCUGAAUGGGAAAAGCAUCAGUCACAUUAGUCAUCAAUAUCGUCAGCAAAUUUGCACUGGACAGGAACCUUACAAAUGCGCUGUGUGUGGGAAGAGCUUCAGUCAGACCUCCAGCCUUCAAUCUCAUCAGCGACUCCACAGUGGAGAGAAAGUCAACAAAUGUGCUGAGUGUGGGAAGACCUUCAGUCGGAGAUCAAAACUGCAAAUUCAUCAGCGAGUCCACACUGGAGAGAAACCCUUCAAAUGUCCUGUGUGUGGGAAGAGCUACAGUCAGAACUCCAGUCUUCAAGGUCAUCAGCGAGUGCACACUGGAGAGAAUCCCUACAACUGUGCUGUGUGUGGCAAAAACUUCAGUCGGAGUUUACAUCUUCAAGUUCACCAGCGAAUCCAUAAUGGAGAGAAAAUCAACAAAUGUGCUGAGUGUGGAAAGAGCUUCUGUUAUACAUCCACUCUUCAAGUUCAUAUGCGAGUUCACACUGGAGAGAAACCCUACAAAUGUGCUCUGUGUGGGAAGAGCUUCAGUCGGAGUUCAUACUUUCAAGGUCAUCAGCGAGUUCACACACAACAGGAACCUUACAAAUGUGCUGUGUGUGGGAAGAACUUCAGCCACACCUCCAGUCUUCAAGCUCAUCAGCGAGUCCACACUGGAGAGAAACCCUACAAAUGUUCUGAGUGUGGGAAGAGUUUCAGUCGGAGUUCAAAACUUCAAGUUCAUCUGCAAGUCCAUGCUGGAGAGAAACCCUUCAAAUGUGCUGUGUGUGGGAAGAGCUUCAGUUGGAGUUCAGAGCUGAAAGCUCAUCAGCGAGUCCACACUGGAGAGAAACCCUUCAAAUGUGCUGUGUGUGGGAAGAGCUUCAGGUUGAUGUGCAGUCUUCAAACUCAUCAGCGAGUCCACACUGGAGAGAAACCUUACAAAUGUGCUCUCUGUGGGAAGAGCUUCAGUCAGAGAUCUGGACUUAAAGUUCAUCAGCGAGUCCACACUGCAGAGAAACCCUACAAAUGUGCUGUGUGUGGGAAAAGCUUCAGUCACAUGUGCACUCUUCAAGGUCAUCAGCGAAUCCACUCUGGAGAGAAACCCUACAAAUGUGCUGUGUGUGGGAAGAGCUUCAAACGGAGUUCAUGCCUUCAAGUUCAUCAGCAAGUACACAGUGGAGAGAAACCCUACAAAUGUUCUGUAUGUGGGAAGACCUUUAGUAGGCGUUCAUAUCUUCAAGAUCAUCACCGAGUCCACUCUACAGAAAAACCCUACAAAUGUGCUGUGUGUAGGAAGAGCUUCAGUCGGAGUUCAGAUCUUAAAGUUCACCAGCGAUUUCACACUGGAGAGAAACCUUACAAAUGUGCUGCGUGUGGGAAGACCUUCAGUCAGAGCUCCGGACUUCAAGUCCAUCAGCGAGUCCACACCGGCGAGAAACCCUACAAAUGUGCUGUGUGUGGGAAGAGCUUUAGUCAGAGUUCACAUCUUCAUGUUCAUCAGCAUAUUCACACUGGAGAGAAACCCUACAAAUGUGCUGCGUGUGGGAAGAGCUUCAGUCAGAGUUCAGAUCUUAAAGUUCAUCAGCCAGUUCACACCGGAGAGAAACCCUACAAAUGUGCCAUAUGUGGGAAGAGCUUCAGUAGGAAUUCAGAUCUUAAAGUUCAUCAGCGAGUUCAUACUGGAGAGAAACCCUACAAAUGUGCUGUGUGUGGGAAGAGCUUCAGUCAGACCUCCAGUCUUCGAGGUCAUCAGCGAGUCCACACUUGAGAGAAACCCUACAAAAAUGGGGUGUGUGUGGUGAGAUUUUCAGUUGGCACUUAGUUCUUCAAGCUCAUCGGGAGUUCCACAUACUGAAAAACCAUAUAAAUACAGCAAACCUGGAAGAAGCUUCAGCCUUCAAGGUCUUCAAGUAGACUGUAGAGUUCAUACUGUGUAGCACUGUACAAGUAUUUUUGUUGUGGUAAGGGCUUUAGUAAGACUUUUAUGUCUGCAGGUUCAUCAGAGAGUACAUAUUGGUUUUAUCAUCACACCUGAUGGAUGUGUGAUAAAAGUGUUCCUCAGAGCUUAGACCUCUGCCUUUCAUCCAAAAACCUACACAGUCUAGAAUAUCUAUAAAAUGUUGUGAGUUAAGAAUUCAGCAUGAGGUUAGUUUUCUACAAGUCAUUUGAAUUCCAUUGGAAAACACCUCCUUCUGGCACAAAUGUGGACAGUGUUCUGGCUCGCUUCAAAACGUGACCAUUCUUCAGAGAAACCUGAUGAGAGCAGUAGUGUAAGUUUGUAUGAACCUUCAAGCUCUCUGAAGUCUACACAGGAGAGAGGCUUAAAAGUAAACACCACCGGACCUUAGCAAAUGUACAGUGACGGAUUGGACAAAAUUUACAAACACGAGAACCUCACCACUGUGGAUGCUGGAAGUUUGUUCACUGCUGAUUGACCAUGACAGCAAACCAGUGCCUAAGCAAUAGUAGGUUCCUAGAGAUGUCUCACUUAAGGGAGAAGAAAAGCUAUGAAAAAUAGGGUAACUAUAUGAAAAUUCUUAUGAGCCCAACCUGAAUUAGAAAUAGUAAAUUGUAAUAGCAAAAGGAUUUUUGUAAGAAACUUUGAAACUUAAUUCAAGGAGCUUUGGCUAGUGUGGCUCAGUGGAUUCAGCGCUGGCCUGGGCAGCAGAGGGUCUCCAGUUCGAGUCCCAGUCUAGGACACAUGCCUGGGUUGUGGGCGAGGUCUGCAGUAGGGAGCAUGUGAGAGACAACCACACGUGGAUACUUGUCUCCCUCUCAUUCUUCCUCCCUUCCCCUCUAAAAAAUAAAUAAAAUCUUAAGGAAAAAUAAAGAGUUUAUUUCAUUUUUAGGGAGGGGAAAGGAGGGAGGAAGAGAGAAAGAGAAACAUUGAUUUCCUCCCUCAUACCCCCAGCUGGGUACAAAACCCAGAACUGGCCAUCUUUCCAUCUGAGGAUGAAACCCAACUAAUUGAGCCACAUCUGUCAGGCCAAGGGAAAGGGAAUUUUAAAAAUGUGACUUUGUGUUUUGUUGCUUUUCCCCUGGAUGCAUGAUGAGAAACUGAUGUAAAUGUUUACAUGCCUACAACUUCACAAACGCUGAAGGCAUCCCCAACAUGGAAAGCUGCAGUGGAGAGUGUCAGGGCCACAGCUCCAUGGAUUUCUGCUCCCCGUGUGCAAACAACUUAAACUGUGAGUUUUGGGAGUGGGAGAAGUCAGCAUAAGUGAUGAUUUUUGCUAAUUCUCUGGGGGGAAAGGGAGGCAACAUAAAUACAGGGUCCAUCUACAAAUGGAGGUGCACUUUCAGAGAUUUAAUUUUCUUUUCAGACAGGGCAAGGGAGGGAGAAAGUGAGAGAAACAUCAAUAUGUUGUGGCCUCCCAUGACUCCCUGUUGGGUACCUGGCCCACAACCCACACAUGUGGCCUGAAUGGGAAUUGAACAGGCGGCCCAUUGGUUGGCAGGACAACACUCAAUCCACUGAGCCACGCCAGCCAGGGCCACUUUUGGAGUUUUCAAAAGCAGUUUUUAGUUGCUAGCGAACUCUUGGAAAAACAGGUGCCCGACCUUGAGCCAUUUGUGUGUUUUUCCUUAAAAUUUUUUUCAUUUUUCACUUACACUGGACAUGCAAUAUUGUAUUAGUUUCAGGUGUACAGCAUAGUGACUAGACAUGAAUAUAGCUUUCCAAGUGAUCCCCUGGUAAGUCCGGUGCCCACCUGGCACCAUGCAUAGUUGCUGCAAUAUUAUUGACUAUAUACCCUGUGCUGCACUUUCCAUCUGGGUGACUGUUUUGUAACUUUGGCCUGGAAACACAGCUGUCUUGCAGUUUGCAGCUGUUUUUUAAAUUCUGGCAUCACGGACCCUAGUUGCCUAAACCUGUGUUUAAGCCGACCCCCAGAAUCUUCCUGAGCUUUCAGCCCCCACUCAUGCUGUGCUGAAUUGCAAUGGGGUGGGAUGCUCCCCUGAAGAAAGCAGCUCAGACUAUGUAUGUAAUUGCUGCAGAUUUAGGGUAUCUCACUGGGGGACACUAAACCGUUAAACAAUGUCAUGAUGCUCCCACUUCUGGGUGCAUAUUUGGAGGAAAUGAAAACUUUACCAAAGAGAUAUCUAUACCCUCAUGUUCACUGCAGCAUUGUUCACUGGAGCCAACAAAUGGAAAAGACCUCAGGGUCUGUCAUGGAUCAAGACAUGGUUUAUAUAUACAAUGGGAUGGUAUUCAGCCUCAAGAAAGAAGGAAAUUCUGCUAUUUGCAAUAACAUGCUACAGAUCUUAUGUGAGAUAAGACAAAUACCUUAUGGCACCUUUUUAUGUGGAAUAUUUUAAAAAGGGCAUUAAAGCCCUGGCUGGUAUAGAUCAAUGGAUUGAGUGCCAGCCUGUGAACCAACUGGUCGUUGGUUGGAUUCCCAGUGAGGGCACAUGCCUGAGUUGUGGGCCAGGUCCCCAGUAGGGGGUGCUUGAGAGGCAUCCAGAUAUUGAUGUUUCUCUCCCUCUUUUCCCUUCCCUGACCAUCCCUCUACAAAUAAAUUUGAAAAAAUAAAAUGUUUGGGGAAAAAACAAAAAGGGGGCAUUAAAGCAGAGUAGUGGUGGUUACCAGGAAGUUGGGGAAAUGGGACAGACAUUUAAGGGCACAAACUUGUGACUACUAGGUAAGUAAGUCCUGGAGACCUGCUGCAUGGUAUAUUGAUUAUAGUCAAAACUCUUGAAACAUUCAGUUUGGUAAGAGGCUAGACCUUAAUUAUUGCAACUCUAGAAGAAAUUGUGAGAUGAGACAGCAGUGCUAGUUAAGUCAGUAAUGCAAAUCAUGGUAAGAAAUGUGUCAAAUCAAUGUGCUGUACCCCUUCAACAAAAUGUCCUAUGUCAAAUAGAGCUCCAAAUUGCUCUGGCCAGCAGAGCAGUCAACUGGAGCUCAACCACCUUCCUGGAACAAAUGGGUCGAGGGGACAAGAGGCACGAAGAAUGACAGCAAGACAGUAAAUUCUGAUCAAGCUGCAAAUUUUAUUUUUCCGUACUGGGUAUAUAUAUAGGGAAGAAGGGAGAGGAAGGAGAUUAGGCUGCUUGCUGUUGGCUGGCUUAAGACAAAGGAGGGCCCGCUUAUUGGUUACUCGGGUGUAACCUGUACUCGUGGACACCUCAUGUGUCUGUAGCUGAUUAGCUUGUGGAGCGCGUGCACACGGGGGGCUAGCCGGAGGUUAUUUGGAAAGUCCCUGUUGAUUAGAGGUUCUGAUAGUCCACGGACUGUGCCUUGUAGCUAACCGCAGUGUUCUUAGCUAAAGGCCAGGUGCUCAUUUCGGGGAAGUACGAGACCUGGGCAAGGUUCCCAACAUCUCCCUUUUUAUUACUUUGAGGGCGAGGAGAAUGUAGGUAGGGUAGACUUUAACCGGCUGGGGGAGGUAGAGGCCUGACUCUUCCUGGGCUGAUUCUGAGCUUUUGGGUACCUUUUGGGAGGAGAGGAGUUGGGUACCAACCUCUUUGCAAGUCAGCUUACCUCUCAGGAGACUGGAAGUGGCCGUAUGUGUGGGCCUCUCCUUGCAGUGCUUUGCCUUGCACCCAGCGGUGUCUAUCACAGCUACUUGGCUGUGAAGUAUACCUUCAAGGGUUAUGCUUCUCCCAUAGGAAGGGAACCUGGCAGGAAUCGUGGGCUAGCACCCCAGCGGCUGUACGGCUCAGAGUCCGCUCCGUGUUCCAGCAUUUCUAAUUGAUGAUAGUGCACCUGAAUAGGUCUUCCUAGCACACUGUUAAGUUGGUCUUUGACUAAGUUGGUUACACGUCUAAGAAUCCAGGGGGCAAAGGAGAGGAUGAGGGUGAUAGAAACUAAAGGUCCUAAGAGGGGAAGGAGGUAGGGGAGAACUCCGUUGAGUCCACCCCAAAGGGGGUGUUUGGAAAGUUCUUUUCUUCUUUUUUCUAGGUCUUCUCGUAAUUUUUUUAUCUUGUCUUGGACGAUGCCUGAUUUGUUGGCAUAGAAGCAGCAGUGUUCCUGUAAAAGCCAAACAGACACCUCCCUGUUCUGCAGUAAGUAAAUCUAGACCUCGUCUGUUUUGAAGGACAACUUCUGCUGGGGAGUCUACUUGGUCUUGGAUGUCACUAAUGGAUAUUAGUGAGUUAUGGAUAUUAGCUGUCCAUGAGAUGCUCUGUUUGUUUUUGUACGGAGUGUUCUCUUACGAGAUCUUGUGGGCCGCCACCAUCAGAGAUGUAUGUGGGGGCUGCUCGUUGCCAGCAUACUGGCUGACCUAUGGUGCCUGAGCAGCUAGCUUGCAGGUAUUUAGUGGAAUGAGUACCAAUAACAGGCGAGCUGGAUCCCCAAUCUCCUAAAUUGGCAGCAUCUUUUGUUUUUUUUGUAGUAUGGCGGUAAAAUAAGUGGUAUUGCUGGAAAUACACUCUUGUACUUUAUCAUAACAAGUGGAAUGCAUCGCAGAGUGAAAGGUAGUACAUGUUUGAGGGCAUGGCCCUGGCCUACCGUUUAUGGUAGGUAUGAUAGGGGGUUUGGGGACACAAAGCCACUUUGGUUUAGUGGUUCCCAUGGUGUUCUGACCAUAGCUAAGGUAGGUCUUUUUUGAGCCACAAUCUACUACUUGGGUGUAGGAUUUGGGAGUAGCGUGGUUA